UCGCUGGUUUCUGCCCCGGAAGUUUUUCUCUCAGCGAAGCGCGCACAUUGAGCCGGCUUUACCGCUGCUUCUCUCGGGCUGCCUUCCGAUCAUGUCGUCCAAGAAGAACAGAAAACGGUUGAACCAAAGCGCCGGGAAUGGUUCGCCCUCGGCCUCCACUGCUUCCUUUUCUGCCGGGGCCACAGCUUCUGCCGUGGCGGCCGGGACUCUGGUGGUGAUCAACUUCUUAGAAAAGGACGACAAAGUUCCUAAAGCAUUCCAGAAUUCCCUUGUUCAACUUGGACUCAACACCAUGAAGUCUGCAAACAUAUGUAUUGGUCGACCAGUGUUGCUUACCAGUUUGGAUGGAAAGCAAGAGGUCUAUACGGCCUGGCCUGUGGCAGGAUUUCCUGGAGGCAAGGUUGGCCUGAGUGAAAUGGCACAGAAGAAUGUGGGUGUGAGGGUUGGUGAUGCCAUCCACGUCCAGCCUGUUUUGGGUGCUGUGCUGCAGGCUGAGGAAAUGGACGUGGCACUCAGUGACAAAAAUGCAGAUAUUAAUGAAGAACAACUGACUGCUUGUCUUCUGAGAAAACUAGAUGGCAAGAUUGUUUUACCAGGCAACUUUCUGUAUUGUACAUUCUAUGGACGACCAUGCAAGUUGCAAGUGUUGCGAGUGAAAGGAGCAGAUGGCGCGAUGUUGAGAAGGGCUCAGAAUGACUCUGACACUGUUGCCCGGGGAAUGGCCUCCAAGCCAUCCAGUGUGGAAACUAGUACCCUGGAUAUAUCCUUACAGCUAAGCCAGUUAGGUCUGGAAGUGCCCCAAAACCCAAUAUCAAGCAGUACUCCUUACAAACCAGGAGAUGGCAGAAUGAUAAAUAAAGCUGGUGGUGUUUUGUCAGGUGUUACACAGAGUCCUGGGAAUGGAAGUGGACUUGGACUAGAGGCAGUCACAGGUCUUAAACGUCGUUCUCAGUCUGCCAGAGAAGGAAAUGAGCAACCUGUCAAUGAAGAGAGAUUGCUAAAGUCACCCAGCAUGGGAGCACAGUGCAACACCGAUACCUUUUAUUUUAUUUCUUCGACAACAAGAGUCAAUUUUACAAAGAUUUGUACAAAUUCAAAAGAUCAAGACAACCAAUUAAAAGUAACUUAUGACAUGAUUGGUGGCUUAAAUAGUCAGCUGAAAGAAAUUAGAGAAAUAAUUGAAUUACCUCUCAAACAGCCUGAGCUUUUCAAGAGUUAUGGAAUUCCUCCCCCUAGAGGAGUGUUGCUCUAUGGCCCUCCAGGUACUGGAAAGACAAUGGUUGCCAGGGCUGUUGCUAAUGAAGUUGGUGCCUAUGUUUCUGUAAUUAAUGGCCCUGAAAUUAUUAGCAAAUUCUAUGGGGAGACUGAAGCAAGGUUACGUCAGAUAUUUGCUGAAGCCACUCUGCGGCACCCAUCAAUUAUUUUUAUUGAUGAGCUGGAUGCACUCUGCCCUAAAAGAGAAGGGGCACAGAAUGAAGUGGAAAAAAGAGUUGUAGCUUCACUCUUAACACUGAUGGAUGGUAUUGGUUCAGAGGGAAGUGAAGGACAGGUGUUGGUUCUUGGGGCCACAAAUCGUCCCCAUGCUUUGGAUGCUGCACUUCGAAGACCUGGACGGUUUGAUAAAGAAAUUGAGAUUGGAGUUCCGAAUGCACAAGACCGGCUAGAUAUCCUCGAGAAACUGCUUCGAAGGGUCCCCCAUUUGCUCACUGAAGCUGAACUGCUACAGCUGGCAAAUAAUGCUCAUGGAUACGUUGGAGCAGACUUGAAAGCCUUGUGUAAUGAAGCAGGUCUUCAUGCCUUGAGGAGAGUUUUGAGGAAACACCCUAACCUCCCUGACAGCAAGAUGGCUGGGUUGGUGAAGAUUACUCUGAAAGAUUUCUUGCAGGGGAUGAAUGACAUCAGGCCCAGUGCCAUGAGGGAGGUAGCAAUUGAUGUCCCAAAUGUAUCCUGGUCAGAUAUAGGAGGACUGGGAAAUAUCAAACUGAAGCUGAAACAGGCUGUGGAAUGGCCCUUGAAACAUCCAGAGUCUUUCACCCAAAUGGGUAUUCAGCCACCUAAAGGAGUUCUUUUGUAUGGGCCUCCUGGAUGCUCUAAAACAAUGAUUGCAAAGGCUUUGGCCAAUGAGAGUGGGCUGAAUUUCCUAGCUGUAAAGGGGGCUGAAUUAAUGAACAAAUAUGUUGGUGAAUCUGAAAGAGCAGUUAGAGAGAUCUUCCGAAAAGCGAGAGCAGUGGCUCCUUCCAUCAUUUUCUUUGAUGAACUUGAUGCCUUAGCAGUUGAAAGGGGCAGUUCAUCAGGUGCUGGGAAUGUAGCCGAUCGUGUUCUGGCUCAGCUCUUGACAGAAAUGGAUGGCAUUGAACAGUUAAAGGAUGUGACAAUCCUGGCAGCUACUAACCGUCCAGAUAGGAUAGACAAGGCCUUGAUGCGGCCUGGAAGAAUUGAUAGAAUCAUCUACGUGCCUUUACCAGAUGCAGAAACAAGAAGGGAAAUAUUUAACUUGCAGUUUCACUCUAUGCCAAUCAGUAAUGAUGUUGAUCUGAAUGAACUCAUCCUCCAAACAGAUACAUAUUCAGGAGCAGAGAUUAUAGCCGUAUGUAGAGAGGCAGCCCUUCUGGCUCUGGAAGAAGACAUUCAAGCCAACUGCAUUAUGAAAAAACACUUUACUCAAGCCUUGAGCACCGUGACACCCAGACUUCCUGAAUCAUUGAGACGUUUCUAUGAAGAUUAUCAAGACAAGAGUGGGCUGCAUGCGCUUUGAGAAAAUAUACAUAUUCAUUAUGCUAAAAGUACUUUCUAGAGAAAGCUUGUUUCUUUUUUAAAGAGUGUCAGAAUAGCCCGUGAUAAGCAAAACGUCUGAAUAUGUUGGCUAGAUUGAGGGGCCUCAGUUCUUACAGACAUUUUGAAUCAUGUGGCAACAAUGAAAAUAUCCAUGAAAAAUCUCUGGACAAGGGUUUAAGUCAGUUUUAUCCGGAAAUGUGUGCUGAGUUUUAAAAGGCAAACUUUUAGCUUUUUCAUUAAUUUGACCUGGUUCAUUCCUCCCAUGAAAUGCUUUCCUUACUCCAGAAUCCAUUUCAGUGCAUUUCCAAAUACCAAAACUGUGGGCAUCAGUUUUAUACAAGAACAUAGAAGAUGCGUGUAGAUGAAAGCGCGGUGAAAAUUAUUUACAAACCUUUAAUUUUGAAGGCCAGCCCAUGAAAUGGCUAAAGCACCAGCUAGGCUUAUGUGACCUUGUUUCCAAAUACGUAUUUGUUCUCAUUAUAAUUCAGACUUAACAUUUUCGCUUUAGCCUUCUUAACCUCUACUUAUGGCAAUUAAAAAAAGAAUUGAGAGUUAUUUCACAUACUGUAAUGGCCUUUGGAAGUUUAAAGAAUUGGAAAUAUAAGCCCAGUCCAGACCUAGAAGUACUUGUGGUUUUUUUUUCUUUUUCUUGUUUUCAUAAAACUGCUAUAAAUUAACCAUAUGAGGUAUUCAUGUUUUAACUUGUAUGCAUUUCCAGGUUACCAAUAAACUUCUUCAGUUCAAAGAAAAA